AUGAAGUCCACUGCUGUCUGCAAAUAUGACAAAAUAGCGCAUGAAAUUUUUGCUGCUACGCUAAGAGCGCCGUCCACCUCUCCUCGUGACCAAGAGCCCGAUUCGCGUCGUUUGCGCUAUAGUGACCUGGUUGCUAAGCUGGCGAAUCACAUUUCCGACGAGAAGACACUGAAGCUGAAUCUACUUCUCCUGCCUCUGUUGACCAAGGUGCCCGAGGUUGAGCAAGAUUUCCUUAAGGCAGCAAUACCAUUUCUGACCUGCGCUGCACGCCCAUACAACAGUAAAUAUGCCCUGGACAACGGAACUGCCAUAUUGAACAAAUGGGCGACUUCUGGGCUAGGAAAUGAAGAUACUACGUCACAAGACGUUACUGAGAUGCUCAUAUCACCUCAAGCCUUCAAGAAUACACUUUUGAAGCUGCUAAACGGCAAAUCUGAUGACAAUCGUGUUGUAAAUAUGCGAAAUCAGUUGACAGGUGUGUCUUGGUCUCCGUGCAUGGAAGAAAAAGACGCUGUCGUAGCGGCCGUGGACGACGACGACGCAGAGUGCACUUUCCAACCAAAGCUCAACAGGUAUCCCGCUUACCUCAGGAAUGCCCCUAAAUUGAUGCAGCCGAAGGAUAAGGUUUCGCGUAAAACGAAUCCUACAUUGGAUCUAUCACCUUGUGGCUAUUAUGAAGAUGGUUAUGAUCAGCAGACCAGGCAAAUUGUUCGAACUAACGAUGGGGAGAUAGACUAUGGUUCACCCUGUAAUAAUGUGUGCCCUUUUGGCACGAGAAGGUUCAAUUUCGACAUGGCAUCUCAAACCAGGCGUCCUGUGGAGCAUAUGAAUGCGCCUGCUUCCCAGGUUGUCGAUAGCCCGAGGGGAAUUCUUUUGCAAUCGUUCGCCAAACAGCCUCACCAAAAUGCAGCAGAAAAACGGGUCACAAUAUCGGAUGCUAAAUUAACUCCGAAUUAUGAUGUGGAUAAUAUAGACGAUAAGAUCGAAGAAAUUAUAAAUAGCCUCCCAUCAAUAACACGGAUGUCGCCCCCAGCGACAAAUGACAUGGAGGAGCGUUACUCGUUGCGCUUUGUACCUUCACAACGUCAUCAUUUAUGCAGUGUUAACGCGGAUUCGUAUGAACGCGAGAAUUACAUGACCACACCAUGGCAGGAGAAGCUUCGCGGUGGUUACGUGAACACUGGAAUGCGAUUCUCGCAAAGUGAUAACUGCCACUCACCCUCAUCGCCGUUCUCAGCAAGGAAUGCUGGUUCGCUAAAGCAGUGCGAUUAUAUCCUCCCACGCAGUUUCGGUAUUCCCAUAUUCAAGAACUCGCCAGCGGCAGGUUCACAUAAUGAAGUCUACACGCCUCAGAAACCAAAGUUCGAGCAGCAAAGGAACCCUCUGGACGUAAUAGAAGCCCAGUUGGCACAGCUGCCAGUCAAUCUCAGACAGAUCGUGCGCUAA